AGCCCCUUACCUGAUAUCAAUGGGCUGGGAUGGCCUGCGAAGUCUACGCUUUUUCGGCUCAACGCCACACCUGCCGAGAAAGCCGCACGUGAAAAAAAACUUACUGCAGCUGUGCGCACCGUCCUGGAGUGCAUUGGCGAGGAUCCUGACCGCGAGGGCCUGCUUCGGACGCCGGAUCGUUAUGCGCAGGCCUUGAUGUGGAUGACGAAAGGAUAUGAAGAGCGACUGGCAGAUGUAAUCAAUGACGCUGUUUUCGCAGAAGAUCAUGACGAGAUGGUCUUGGUCCGUGACAUUGACAUCUCGAGCUUGUGCGAGCAUCACCUCGUUCCCUUUACAGGCAAGGUGGCUAUAGCCUAUAUUCCCAAUAAGCUCGUUCUUGGCUUGUCCAAGCUUGCGCGGAUUGCAGAGACCUUCAGCCGUCGGCUGCAAGUUCAAGAGCGACUCACAAAGCAGAUCGCCGUUUGCGUUGAGGAGGCCAUCAAGCCUCGUGGUGUCGCUGUCGUUAUGGAAGCAACCCAUUUAUGCAUGACAAUGCGUGGUGUCCAGAAACCCGGCUCCAUCACUGUGACGUCCUGUAUGCUUGGCUGUUUUCGUACCCAGCAGAAAACGCGUGAAGAGUUCCUGACGCUCAUCAAG